UCGAGCGUGUCAGCAUGCUGGUUAUCCUACUGAACUGCGUCACCUUGGGCAUGUACCAGCCUUGCGUGGACUUCGAAUGUGUCACCAACCGCUGCAAAAUCCUCCAGAUGUUCGAUGAUUUCAUCUUCGCUUUCUUUGCGCUGGAGAUGUCAGUAAAGAUGAUUGCUAUGGGAGUCUACGGUAAGGGGACCUAUCUGGCAGACUCCUGGAAUCGCCUGGACUUCUUCAUUGUGCUUGCUGGGAUGCUCGAGUACUGUCUGAACGUAGAGAACAUGAACCUGACCGCGAUCCGAACCAUUCGAGUCCUCAGACCUCUUCGCGCCAUCAAUAGGAUACCAAGUAUGCGGAUACUGGUAAUGCUGCUUCUGGACACCCUCCCAAUGCUCGGCAACGUCCUACUCCUCUGCUUCUUCGUUUUCUUCAUCUUCGGCAUCAUCGGUGUCCAGUUAUGGGAGGGCAUCCUACGGCAGCGAUGUUUCCUCAAGCCCAUCCCCAACGUAACCUACCCCAAACCACUGGCGGCCUACUACUCCUACCAAGGGGACAAGGAAGGGGACUACAUCUGCUCCAAGCCGGAGGACAACGGGAUGCACUCUUGCCGUGAUCUGCCCCCCACCAAACAUCAUGAUCUCGUGUGCAACGCCACCGCACUCCCCUGGUCCAACAACAUACCCUCCAACAAGUCAUGUGUCAACUGGAACCAGUACUACACCGAGUGCAAACCACAGGGCAACAACCCUUUCCAGGGCACCAUAUCCUUCGAUAAUAUAGGCCUAGCCUGGGUCGCCAUCUUUCUGGUAAUCAGUCUGGAGGGAUGGAGUGACAUCAUGUAUUACGUCCAGGACGCCCAUUCCUUCUGGGACUGGAUAUACUUUGUUCUGCUCAUUGUUAUCGGGUCGUUCUUCAUGAUCAAUCUGUGCUUGGUCGUGAUAGCCACCCAGUUCUCGGAGACGAAGAAGCGCGAGAUGGAGCGGAUGCGGCAGGAGAGAGCGCGGUACCAGAGCACCAGCACGCUCGCCUCAUCCACCAACAAUUCCGAGCCCACUUCGUGCUACGCCGAGAUAGUCAAACUAGUUGCUCACCUUUGGAGGAGGGGGAAGAGAAGACUGAUCAAGAAGUAUCGGCUGUGGAGAUAUCGAAGACAACAGAAGAGAGAACACAAGUUGGAGCCGAGCAACAACAAUGGAGACCACAACCCAACUUCUCUUGGCAGCUCUCUGGCCCUUCACCCCUUCAAAACCACAGAGGGAGGGGUGUCCGCUAUCCCCCUCCCUCAAGCGCUUCUCUCCCCCACCUUGAGGAGAACACCGGAGAUUACUCCUCUACCAGAAGAGCCAGCCGUCCCCAUCAUAGAGGUGAUAGAGGAGACCCCUCCGACUCCCAAGCGACCUUCCCUUCUCAGAGUUCCUUCCUUCAAUAAUGGAUCUCACUGGGAACCUGAGAGCCACACGGGAGGCAACCUCCUCAGUCCACCCGGCACGACAAACCUGUCCCGGCGUCGUAGCAGCGUCAUGUUCAACGAUGUGGUGCUCCUGCACGGCGACCAGCAGAGCCAGGCUCAGAGUACUCGCAACGUGUGCUCCAGCGAGAAGAUGACGCAGACCGGCGACGGGAACCUGUGGCCUGACGGCGAGGCCCACACGAUCAUCAUCCCUUCCUCCCAUCAGACAAGUAACGCAGAAGCCAUGACGUGCCAGGAGUUGUUGGCGCUGAGCGGAGCGCUGAGUGCGGCUCUGCCCACCGGACAGCUGGCCCUAGACUCACUGUUCUCCUCGCUCAGCAAGGGGGUGCUGGAGUCACACCUGCAGCCUCAGAUACAGUUCGCCAACCGGAUCGGAACUGGUGAUCGGCCCGGUGUGGACUGGGCUAGCUAUGACAAGCCACAGUCGGGUUGCUGUAGUUGCGGCCACACCUGGAGCUGCUUGUGCCAGUGCUUCUGCAGCACCUGUAGCGCUGGCCGUCGGUGUAUUCAAGUCCUAGUGGAGCACAAAUAUUUUCAGCAGGGCAUCCUCCUAGCCAUCCUCAUCAACACGCUCAGCAUGGGCAUAGAGUACCACAAUCAGCCUGAAGAAUUAACUGUGAUAGUGGAGACAAGCAAUAUCAUCUUUUCCGCAAUAUUCGCCUGUGAGAUGCUGCUCAAGGUCAUCGCUGAGGGACCCUUUGGCUACAUCAGCAAUGGAUUCAACGUCUUCGACGGCGUUAUCGUAGUCCUCAGUGUUGUUGAGCUGGGACAGACCUUCAUGGGUGAUCGAGAGGGCAGUUCCGGACUGAGUGUCCUACGGACUUUCCGCCUUCUACGGAUCCUGAAGCUGGUCCGCUUCAUGCCGAACCUGCGCAGACAGCUGGUCGUCAUGCUGCGCACUAUGGACAACGUCGCCGUGUUCUUCUCUCUUCUCAUUCUCUUCAUCUUCAUCUUCAGUAUAUUAGGAAUGUACCUGUUCGGGGGUAAGUUUUGCAUGUUGGCAGACGGCUCAAGGGAGUGCGACUGCGACGAGAUCGUCAAUAAAGACCCAAAGUGCGUUUGUGAUCGGAAACACUUUAACAAUGUGUUGUGGGCAACAGUCACCGUAUUCCAGAUACUAACCCAAGAAGAUUGGAACGUCGUUCUUUUCAAUGGGAUGGAGAAGACCAGCCACUGGGCAGCACUGUACUUCGUAGCUCUCAUGACCUUCGGGAACUAUGUUCUGUUCAACCUUCUUGUGGCCAUCUUGGUGGAGGGCUUCUCGUCUGAGCGUAACGAGAGGAGAGAACGAGAACAACGGGAGCUAGCAAAGGCUCAAGCGGCCGCUACACGCAAGUAUUCUGAAUGCUACAGUGACGAUGUCUACAGUUCCUGCUCAGCUUCGGAGAGCGACAGUUUUCCCCCGGAACUGAAGAAUGAGUGGGAGCAAGAACAGACGAGGAAAGCCAAGGACAACGGACACAGGGAGAAGGAGAACUGCUGGAAGAUGAGGCAGAAGCAGAUAAACAACGGACAAUGCGAAGCCAAGUGUAACAUACAGAAAGAGAGCCAGAUGCUGAGCGGCGCUGCAAUGCCGAUAAUCACACACACAGCCGCUACCCCUCAGGACUCUCCCAACACCACGUUGGACCCCACUUCCCGAGAGUUUAACAACCGCCUACACUCCGCCAUGGCGUUGUACUCCAGCACUCUCUCCAUAGACUCCAUAGACUGUUCCAUGUCAUCCCAAGGAAGUGGUUUGCUGAAACCCCCCAACUUGACUGUGAACAACCUCAACCCCCAGAUGUCACGCAGGGUCAGCCUCGUCACUUCUCCUAAUACAUCACUUCCCAAGAAGGAGCCCCCGUCCAUGGCUCCCAGGUUCCAGAGAGGAUACUCAUGGAAGCUGUCAAGACCUUCUUUGAAGAGAAAAUCAAAAAGUCCUUCAGAUCCUGAGGAAGAACAAGACAUCGUAUUAAAUAACAACAACCAUUUGUUGACUAGUCCGCUCCAUCUAUCCGACCAUUCCCAUUGCAAUGGCGGUUUGCUGGGAAAUACCAUACGAAACAAUACGCAAUGCCGCCGGCCUAGUUGUGCAGCAACCAGUAACAAUCUCCUGAGUCCUCAAGGAUCAUUGCGGAACAGAGCAAAUUCAGGCUGCUGUCACGUGCCUCAGGUUGCAUGGGUCGGAGGAAGUACGUUGGCCAGGCAGAACUCUCUUAGUGGUGGCAGUUCUUGUAGCAAUCAGAACAGUCAGCUGAUGCCGCCAUCUCUUCCUGCUGUACAGAUAACCAAGGUUGGGUCACCCCACAACUCCCACAUGAGUGUCAACUCCGGGCGGGACCUCUCGGCUCACAACCUUUCCGAGGGCUACAGCAAGACACUAAACAAACUAGCAGAGUGCCCUCCCUCCCCUGCACCCCUGCCAAAGGUGAACAAGGUGAGGGAACCGCUGGUUGAGAAGCCACCCGCGCCGUUGCCUGAGGAGGCUACCCAGACUGAUGAAGACCUCCCUCCCGCCAUCAAGAAAGUCUUCUUCUUCUUUGAACAAAAAGGAUGUCUUAAAGAAAGGGUGGACUUUUCACUGUACAUCUUCCAUCCAGAUCACCCGUUCCGACUGUCGUGUGCGAGGUUCGUAGGCCGCAAGUGGUUUGACAAUGCAGUGCUGCUGUUCAUAGCCCUCAACUGUAUUACUCUAGCCAUGGAACGGCCUAACAUUCCUCCUGACAGCCCUGAGCGACUUUUCCUGUCUUCAGCCAACUACGUCUUCACCGUUGUCUUCGCCAUAGAAAUGUUCGUUAAGGUGGUGGCCACAGGAAUGUUCUAUGGGGAAGAUGCUUACUUCAUGUCUGGUUGGAACGUCAUGGACGGUUUACUUGUCAUCAUAUCCAUCAUCGACCUACUCCUCUCCCUACUUACGGCCAGUAGUCCCCGGAUUUUUGGCAUUCUUAGGGUGUUCCGGUUGUUGAGGUCACUGAGGCCUCUACGGGUGAUAAACAGAGCUCCCGGUCUCAAACUGGUGGUCCAGACCCUCUUGUCAUCGCUGAGACCCAUCGGCAACAUCGUCCUCAUCUGCUGCACCUUCUUCAUCAUCUUCGGCAUUCUCGGCGUACAGCUAUUCAAGGGUAUGUUCUACUACUGUGUUGGACCCGACAUCAAGAACGUCAAGAACAAGACGGAUUGUCUCGCGGACAGUCGCAAUAUGUGGGUGAACCGCAAGUACAACUUCGAUGAUCUCGGCAAGGCGCUGAUGUCACUAUUCGUCCUCUCCAGUAGAGACGGUUGGGUCAACAUCAUGUACACGGGGCUAGAUGCGGUCGGAGUUGACCAACAGCCAAUAGAGAACUACUCCGAGUGGCGGCUUCUUUACUUCAUCUCGUUCAUCCUCCUGGUCGGGUUCUUCGUGCUGAACAUGUUUGUGGGAGUUGUGGUUGAGAACUUCCACCGGUGUCGGGAGGAGCAGGAGAAGGAAGAGCGUGUCCGUCGGAUGGCCAAGCGAGCCAAACAGAUGGAGAAGAAACGGAGAAAGAUGCACGAGCCGCCGUACUACACUACCUACUCACGCUCCAGGCUGUUUGUGCACAACGUGGUCACCUCCAAGUACUUCGACCUGGCGAUAGCUGCCGUCAUCGGCCUCAACGUCAUCACCAUGGCCAUGGAGUUUUAUAUGAUGCCUAAGGCCUUAUCGUAUGCAUUGAAGAUCUUCAAUUAUUUCUUCACCGCUGUUUUCAUCCUGGAGUCCAUUAUGAAAUUGGUGGCACUGGGUCUGAGAUUGUAUUUAAAGGACAAAUGGAAUCAACUUGACAUAGGAAUCGUAAUCUUGUCAAUUGUCGGCAUAGCUUUAGAGGAGGUGGAGUCCAAAAUCAUCCCCAUCAACCCCACCAUAAUUCGAGUCAUGAGGGUUUUACGGAUUGCUAGGGUGUUGAAGCUCCUAAAAAUGGCCAAGGGUAUUCGAGCUCUUCUGGAUACUGUGAUGCAAGCCCUUCCUCAAGUCGGAAAUCUUGGAUUGUUAUUUUUUCUUCUAUUCUUCAUUUUUGCCGCUCUAGGAGUGGAACUUUUUGGAAGACUUGAAUGUAGCGAGGAACACCAGUGCCAGGGGCUCGGGGAACACGCACAUUUCAGCAACUUUGGGAUGGCCUUCCUCACCUUGUUCAGAGUGGCUACGGGUGACAACUGGAACGGCAUUAUGAAAGAUACGUUACGAGAUGAAUGUGAUGACCAGGCUGAUUGCGUACGCAACUGCUGCGUACACGCCGGCAUCGCACCUAUAUUCUUUGUCAUCUUUGUCCUGAUGGCGCAAUUCGUUCUUGUCAACGUUGUCGUAGCGGUGCUAAUGAAACAUUUGGAAGAGUCACACAAACAGAUGGAGGAUGAGCUGGAUAUGGAAGUAGAACUAGAAAGAGAGCUAGCCCAGGAGCAGCUGGAGGAGGAGGAAGAAGAGUUGUGUAUGCAGCUGGCAUUAGAGCAGGAUGCUAUACACCGGCCCUUGGCCAAGGUGCUGUCCCUUCCAGCGAACUUCACCUUCAGCUCCAGCUAUUGCGAAUCUGAGAGUCCUAGCAGAGGUUCAAGACGCAGGAGCUCAAUAAACUCUUGGGGCAAAAACAAGGAGGAAAAUUUACUGAAGAACAACCGCAGACGGCAAACACUGCAAGGACCUGCACUCCUGAUACCGCCGGCAUACCCGGCCAUGGGCUAUACCACGGUAUACACAACGGCGCAGGACAAGGACAACAUUGAGACGGGGAAGAGGUUGUUCGCCGAAGGCAUGCGCAAGCCGACUGUCCGGAGAGUAUCCAGCGACUCAAGUACACGACGUCGCUCUGUGGUGGAUGAGCUGCCCUCCCCCUCCCCGUCCCUACUAUCCGUCCCCAAGCUGGGAAGCUCUCUGCUGAGUGCCCCGGGGGGUAGUUGUCGUAGGUUGAUGAGCUUAACGGAGCUAGAGGUGACCACGCCUCACGAUCCUCCUUCAGAAGACAUUUCUCCGGAGUGUGUCUCCCCUGCUGUCCUACUAGUGCCUCCACCCUAUCCUCAUCCCCUGCACCCCGAGGCGUCCUCCCCUUCCCCCUCUCCGGACUCUUCGGAGCCGCCCGAGACGAAAGAUCACGCCAGCGAUGAAGUCAGCUAUAACUCGAAGAGUGAGAUGGACAUUCAGAUAUUGGUCGUUGAGGACAAUGUGACGGUUCUACCCACAGACACGCAAGAGUUGACCGCGUGUGAACGAGGAAAACCGUCGGAGGUUCGACCGGUGACACCGGGUCAGCGGGUGAGAAUACGUUUGUGCGAUACGAGACUGGACUCCGGGAUAGGAGACGACAAGCAUAGCCAGGAAUCCCAACCGUCAUCUAGUGGACCGUACGACCCUGUCGCGGAUCCGGGACUCGAUCGAGUUACAAGCGAACUUUCCUAGUCGCUAGCUCGAAUAUUUGUGUACAUUUCAUUCUCGUUCAGUUGUUUUUUGUAAGAGUCGCAUCUCUACCUGCAACUAGGUUACUGUAUUUUCCACUAUUUUAUACGUUGGUUAAGUCGUCGAACUCUUGUAUAUAGUUUGUAGCCGCAGUCAGGAAUUGUUCCAGAAUUGUCCGCUGACCAAGAUCUUACUAUUGAAAUAAAUGGCCUAAGGUCUUGGAUUGUAAACAGAUCCCGAGUCUGUAACCUUCAAUAUUCUUCAAUUAAUGUAUUUUUAUUUUGUUUAAUUUUUGUUGUUUCUGAUAAAAAGUUGUUAUCUGAACAUUUGUGAAGUUUCUAACUUAACGCGUGAAGAUAACAUAAUAAAGAUAUUUCUUAAUGAGUUGAACACUUGUGUUCUCAGAAAAAUAACAUGAUGGUGGAGUACGCCCAAACUUAAGUUAUGAUCCAUAGUGUAAAUUUCAAUAUAUGUCCAUGUACGUAGUUUCUAUGCAAUAUCAAAGAAGAGUUCUUUUGUAAACUGAUCGUAAUCUGUUGAGAUAAACACUUGUUAAGUUUUGUAGUUGAUGAAAAUUGCCGCACAAAAGUUGGCAGUGACUUUGUAUAGAGUAGAUUAAGUGAUAUUGUAACAAUUCUGAAACUACUGCGGUAUGAUUGUACCUCACGGCUAGAGUGGAGAGCACUGGCCUAAUUCUUGUGUCUCUUUCUGUACAUGAUGCACCCUUUAGCAGCCACAAGUUUCAAAUUUUUUUUCAGAUGCUUGAAGAAACACUUUAUUUUAUUCUCCCUUAUUACGUUUGUUCGAUACAAUCAAUACAAUGAUAUGUCGUUGGUGAAUAUUAGAAUAUUCUACAGUAAAUUGAAGGAAAUUCUUUGUCUAUCCGGUUUUAGUAAUUAAUUAUUUUUUAUUUCACAUUUUAUAGUUUAACCGUGAGGUUAAAUCUAUAAGGCAUGACUGUAAUCUCCCAUAUAUUUUCCGAUUUGGGUUUCAUUUUUUGCAAUCAUACUUAAAGCAAAUCUACGUGUUGUUUCAUACUCUGAUCCUUAUACACUACGAAAAAAGGCAAUGUGUCUAUAGACAGAAGAAAAUUUAUUCUUAAAGCAAGUACAGUAUUGCUUAAAACAGAUAACCCGUUAGUCAUGACUCUGAAAGAAUCUAAGUGUUAUGUUAUCCCUCGGUUAUGCGGUACGACCUUAAUUAUAUUACGCUUAUCCUAUGAAUUAUCUCCGUUCCUUACUGCAGUCUAAAGUAGCCAUUGAAUCAUUUUUAGUUUGUUCUACUAACUAUAUAUAUGUAACGAUUUUCGAUAUAAUCUCAGCUCCUUAAUCAUUUUACUCUUAUUCUUUAAAUUAUCUCUCAGUUAAUGCUGAGUCUUAAUCUCAUAUUCUGAAUCAUUGAAUUAUUUUUAGCUUGUUCUAUACCAAUUACCCUUCGGUAACAUGUUGCAACAUAACCCCAGCUCCUUAAUCAUACUACGCUUACCAUAUGAAUUAUUUCUCCCCGUUAAUUGCUGCAGCUUAAUCUCAGAUUCUGAAUCAUUGAAUUAUUUUUAGCUUGUUCUAUACCAAUUACCCCUCGGUAACAUGUUGCAACAUAACCCCAGCUCCUUAAUCAUAUUACGCUUACCCUAUGAAUUAUCUCUCCCCGUUAAUUGCUGCAGCUUAAUCUCAGAUUCUGAAUCAUUGAAUUAUUUUUAGCUUGUUCUAUACCAA